ACACAAUAGCCCCCCUGUUCAAUACAGAGAAGCGAAGGAUCUAAGAUGACCAAGCAGGAAGUGGACGAAGGCUCGUACCUCAAGCCUGGCGAGGUGGACGCCGGUACUUCUAUCAUCGCCGUGCGCUUCAACGGCGGUGUCGUGUUGGGUGCUGACUCGCGCACGUCUACGGGCACAUACGUGGCCAACCGCGUGAGUGACAAACUCACACCUUUGCACGACCGACUGUUCUGUUGUCGCUCGGGCUCGGCUGCGGACACGCAGGCUCUGAGCGACUACGUGCGCUACUAUCUGAGCUCUCACAGUGUGGAGCUAGGCCGCCUGCCUAAGGUGGGGACGGCUGCCAACCUGUUCCGCUCGCUGUGCUACCACAACAAGGAUCGCCUGCUAGCUGGUAUCAUCGUGGCCGGCUGGGACCCGGUGAAGGGCGGCCAGGUCUUCUCUAUCCCCAUCGGUGGAGCUAUGGUGGAGCAGGACUUUGCUAUUGGAGGCAGUGGUUCUACAUACAUCUACGGCCUCGUGGACUCGGAGUAUCGGCCGAAUAUGACCAAGGAGGAGUGCCAGCAGUUUGUCAAGAAGGCGCUGGCACACGCCAUGGCGCGCGACGGCAGCUCCGGCGGCGUGAUUCGUACCGUGACCAUCACAGAGAACGAAGUGGUGCGGGACUUUACCAGCGGUGACGACCUGCCCUUCAUCAUCUAGAGCUGAUGCCAUUGACAAAGACGAAAGUAAAACAGGUCGAUCAGGACAAUCAACUGAAGGAAUGAAGGUGAUGCCGUGUUAACCACUACCGUCUCCAACCUCUAUCAUCUCUGCUACAGUGUCCGCUCUGUUAUCCAUUCCAUACAUAGGCUUUUCAUUAUGCUUAGACGAAGAGAUUAUCCAUCGCAGCAGCGCCA